CUCGAGUUACGAGGAGUAUAUAAGUCGUCCGGUGACCUCCUUUUGGUUCAAACUUCUCUCGGAUCUGCUGAAGGAAGACGAGCUCGGCCGUCAUGUUGGGAUCGAUGCUUUUGGUUACGCUGCUGGUGGGCUCGGUGACGGCCGGAACUGUGCCGGCCGAGGAGAUUAAGCCUGCCGCUCCUGCCGCUGCUGAUGUGCUGGUGCCCAGAGGGGCGUACGAGGCAGCCAGACAGCUCGCUGCAGAACAACAAAGACAGUCGACCUCUGACUCCAGCUCUGGAGGACUCUCAUGGCUGCGACAAAACAGCGUGUCCGAGGCUUUCUCAGUUUUAUUCCCGGUGUCGGGCCUGGACCCGCUGAUCUGCAAGACAACCAACGAUGACAACUACAAUGCGGGCAUCUGCCUGCGCGUCACCGACUGCCUCUACUACCGCGGCGAGAGCUUCGGCGCCUGUGGUGGAGGAAUCGGCUCGUGCUGCGUCUUCGCAAAGAAAUGCGGCGAAACCACGGACAUGUUCAUCAGCCACUUCGUAAGCAGCACUUUCUCGUCGGUUGACAAGGGCUCCGGAGAGUGCAAGCUCACAGUCAACCCCAUGAACUCUAACAUCUGUCAAUACCGCCUCGACUUCGACGCCUUCAGUAUCAUCGGUCCGGACGCGAGCUCCAACUGCGUCGAUGAUUUCUUCGGCGUCACUGGAGGCUCAUACACACCUAAAGUCUGUGGAGAUCUGACUGGCCAGCACAUGUACAUCAACGUAAAGCCUGGCGGUGGCCCUAUCGUACUCACCAUGGACACAUCCAGCGUCCGAACCAUGGGCAGAAAGUGGGACAUCAAAAUCACUCAAAUUAGCUGCAACUCCCCAGAUCGAGCACCCGCUGGAUGCCUGCAGUUCUUCAACGAAACUUCCGGCAGCGUCAAGAGCUUCAACUUCCGCCGUCAAAACGCGUUUAUUGCGGGCGAAGGGCCUGGUGAGCUACAGAACAUGAACUACGGUGUGUGCAUCAACUCAAAGGUCGGGUAUUGCGAUGUCACAUGGAACCAAAAUCCUCGCAGUGAUUUCACCUUCACUAUUUCUGGAGACGCGUCUGUACCCAGCGAGCAGUUCACAUCAAAGUCCGGCACAACAGAAUGCACCUCCGACUUCAUCACCAUCCCAGGAGGUUACGUGGAGACCGACGCCAGAACUACUAGACCUGCUGAGCGUUUCUGCGGCACCAAGUUCCCUGAGGUCAAAACUGCGUCUCAGCCUUACACUCUGCACGUCGUGACCGACGUUGAUGAGGAGGGCGACAAAGAAAAUUUCGGAUUCGAGUUGAACUUCCGUCAGAACUUGUGCAAUUCUUAAUUAAACAUCGCGCGGCGUCUUUUCACUUACUAAAAAAACAGUUUUCGCGUUUUUAUAUGUUUAAAAUCACUGAUCAAAAAGCAUAAUGAUUUUUACGCUGCGUUGGAAAAAAGUGCUGAUGAAUUUCUACUACGAAAUUUCAAUAUUAUGGCGUUGUUAGUUGUCUCAUUUUUUUGUAGCGGUAAGUAAACAGAAAAAAUUAUUUAACUUCUUGGUUUAACCAAAAAAAAUGAAAAUAAGAAGACCCUAAUUUAUGAUACUCUGUUGUUUGAUUGAGGAGUUGAUGGUUAAUAAUGUACUGGAAUUUUGCAGUUUAACUAAGAUCGUUGAAUUAGAAUUAAACUUUAUGACAAUAUACAUUCAAUACUUAUAAUGCAGGAAAUAUACCUAUUUAUUUGUUGUUGCUAAUAAUAAUAUUGUUAUUCGCUCUAUAGAGUGAACUUUUAGUGCUUAAGAUGCUGAAGGUAUUAUGUGCUGUUAAAGUGUUUUCUUUCAUCAAAACAUGAACGGAACUCA